AUGGGCAACGCUGGACCCCAGGGCCAGCCUACACAGCAAGCCACCCCAAAUAGAGCGCUCGUACAUCAAGUGCCCCGCCAACAAGCCAUGAACCCUGCCUUCCGCAACGACGGUCUGGACGGCACAUACGCGUUGCCUCAAGCAAACAUGGGAGCGCUUGUUCAAUAUGGCGACGGGGCGGAGAACCUCUACCAGACCGGCCUAACCUGGAUCCCAGGUCAGCGUAUGGCACGAGGGUACUCCGACGAGGGUCCGCGCAUGAGCCGCCAGGACUCGAUGUCAUCAGAUUCGGUUUGGACAUCGCCAUCAAGCAGAGCCAACAGGUACGACAACGACUUUCAACGGCGACCCAAACGCGAAAUUUUCGACAUCCGCGAGGACGAUCAGUGUAUGACAGACGCCCAGGCCCGUGACAAGCUUUCCUCCUAUGUUGUGAUCCGCAUGGAGAAGGCAAAUGUCGACCAUGAUGUGGAUCGCGACGGCAACAAGAGGCAGCCCACGUGGGAGAAGGCAGAGCAGGUCAUCCUGACCGACGUUUCCGAGAAAGAUGCGCAUCGCAAGGUCAGAGAGCUGGACACCUUCACGCCCUUCAUCGCCGAUAAAAGGAGCGACCUGGCGGCUCCUAUCAACCGUCAACUCGACCACGCUCUUAACAAGCUCGAAGAACAGGAGAUCGACUCUCGAUACUGCUACGAGUUAGCGCAAAUCGACCAGAAGGAGAAGAAGGUGGAGGUCGCCCCCGAGACUCAGCAACCAUACUACAUUGAGCUCCCACCCAGUAAAUCCAAGAGCAAGGGACGCAAAGAUUCCAAGAAGAGACACAAGAAGAACAAGCCCAAGACGUACCUCGUCGAGCCACACAGCUCCAAGCCACGGCGCGAGAAGCAGACUGUGUCCAUAACUGCCUACUUCAGGCGAACGCCCAAGCCAGACGAGAAUUGUCUCAAGAUGCUCCACGAGGCCGACGACAACUGGAAUCAGGAGGAGCGUGUCGGCAUGCAGUCGGCCAGGCAGCGCCAGCCAAGCCACCUCUUCCCCAACAGACGCCAUCACUCCCCUUCAUCGCCCGAGCGGCGUCCCCGUCAGCAAAGCGGGCCUCUCGCCCUUCAGGACCUUAGGCAGACGGACCCGCGUGUCCAGUCCAUGGUACAGGCUCAACAGCCAGGAUUCGCCCAGCACUAUCCACAACAGCGACUCGGUCCUUCUUAUGCGUAUCAGGUUCAGCAAGAUCCUCAGUCGCAACAGGGAAUGGCAACGCUGCCGGCUGGCCAAGCCAACUCACGCGCGCAGAGCAUGCACGCCCUGCACCAGCAGCAACUCCAGGACCAGCAGCGACAGCUCGCAACUGCGCAACGGAUGCAACAGUCGGCCCAGAAGCCCGCUGUACAACAGACAGGCACAAAACCUGGAGCAAACAUGCAGAGUGUACGUGGAGGAGGCCAGGUGCCGCCUCCGCCCCCCAUCAACCAACAGCGCGGUCAGCCCAGCGGGGUAUCACGGGAACCCCAGCCCCAGGCAAAGCAACAAGGAGCGCGGCCCGUGCAAUUGAAGCAAGACAGCAAGGGUCAUCAGCCCAAGAAAACUGAGUCAAAGGGAGGGCGCCGUGAGGAAGGCCGCAAGCAUGUUUUUGACGGAAAGCGACAGCGAAAGCGGGACCUCCGUUUCUUCCAUGGACUCACGUCGUGGCCGAGGCAGAGACAGGCGUCGCGGGCAGGGGUCGCGGCACAGCCGCAGCAGAUCACGUCCUGA